AACUAUUUGCCGUCACUGGUGGGAAAGAUGACAGUGUGACGUUUCGGCAGCAGCGGCAGCAGCCUCCCUGCAUGUCCAAGAGUCCCCCAUGGAUGACCUGACCCAAGCCCUUUCGGCCAGCUUUGCUGUGUCCAAGGAGCCCAACAGUACAGCUGCCCCCCAUCCUCGGCUGGCCCAGUACAAGAGCAAGUACAGCGUACUGGAGCAGAGUGAGCGACGGAGGCGCUUCCUUGAACUGCAGAAAAGUAAAAGGUUAAACUACGUCAACCAUGCACGGCGUCUGGCUGAUGGGGACUGGACAGGGGCAGACAGCGAUGGGGAGGAGGACAUGGAAAAACAGGAGGAGGGGCAACGAGAGCAAGAUGGCAACACAGAGGAAGAGGGAAUGGAGAUUGAGAGGAGGAAGUUGCCAAAACAUUAUGCAAACCAGCUCAUGCUGUCAGAGUGGCUGGUGGACGUCCCAUCAGAACUGGACACUGAUUGGCUGAUGGUGGUCUGUCCUGUGGGGAAAAGAUCUCUCAUUGUGUCCUCCAAGGGUUCCACUGCAGCGUACACUAAAAGCGGCUACUGUGUGAACCGUUUUCCCUCCCUGCUGCCCGGUGGGAACCGGCACAACUCUGCCAUGGGAAAAGACUAUACAAUCCUGGACUGCAUUUACAGUGAAGUGGACAGAACGUACUACAUCCUGGAUGUCAUGUGCUGGAGAGGCCACCCGGUCUACGACUGCCCGACUGAGUUCCGUUUCUACUGGCUUCAGUCCAAAGUCCAGGAGACAGACGGUCUAUCAGAGAUCGCCAAACGCAACCCUUUCCGGUUUGUGAGCCUCCAAAGCACAGACUGCACAGCGGUAUCAAUUCAGAAAGCCCUAACAGCUGAGUACAGCUUCAGUGUGGAUGGUCUGCUCUUCUACCACAAGCAGACCCACUACACUCCUGGCAGCACCCCUCUAGUAGGCUGGCUUCGCCCCUACAUGGUUCCUGACAUCCUGGGUAUAGAGGUUCCCGUAGGGCCGCUCACCAGCAAGCCUGAGUAUGCCGGCCACCAGCUGCAGCAGAUCCUGGAACACAAGAAAGCAUCAAGUGAAGUCCGCCCGGCCAACAGAAGCGGGGGCUACGAGUUAGAGUACCUUUCCACGCCGAGCCAGGACAGCGCGGACUCUCUGAACUUUUUGAAUCAAAAGCCAAUAAGGGAAGCAAACAUGGAGAUCUGAGUGGGAGGCUUAACGAGAUGCAAAUUGCCAGCUCAGUGUUUCUAAGUGGUGGCGGCCCACAUAUGGCUCUUUAGAAUGUCUGCUGAAUGGUUUUGCAGAUCUGACCAAUUGUAAAGCAUGGCUAAUUCUAAUCUGGCACUGCUCAAGACGCCCUCAGAGUGCAGAUUAGCAGAACUAUGUUGUGCGUGUGUUUUUAUUUUGACUAAAAAACAUUAACAUCUUUUCUUCUACCUGCUGCAGAACUUGGAAACAGUUAAUUUCCUGUGAAUAACUGCACAAUAUUCAGCCACAAUAAUCACAAUGUCACAGUCUAUUACGCAUAUCACUUUCAUCACACCAUAGGUAAUCACAUGCGAUCAAAACAGGAGGACAGGAGGUGUCUCUAUGUGAGAUGUACUGCAAAGUGCAGCGUGGUCAAAUUUGUGGUCAGGUAUUGGUGCUUCUCUGCACUUUGUGCACUUAAAACAGAUCUCACGUCGAAAUAUCUCAUCCUUACUGUCGUCAGUUGUGUGUUGGUUUUCUACAACUGUCAUUGAUGCGUCGAAUGCUGAAUGUUGAGCAAUGUUAAUGGGGAGUUUAGGAUUCACUCAGCGUUUUGGAAGGUUAAGAUGUUGACUGUUCAGACCCUGUAAGUUGCGAUCAUGCUGAACAGCAGGGGUGGCAUAAAGCUUUUACGGUUUAAUAAGUUUAAAAUUGCUAAGAAAGUGUUUUUAACUGUAUGUUUCUAAAUAAAUGUUUGGUUUUUUUUACUGGA